AAGAAGACGGGCAAUAAACGACAUUGGUUAAGCGAAACAGGAAUUUUGUGGUUAAAUAGGAAGCCUGAAACAUUUAGCAUAUCUCGGUGGACUUCUACUAAGACUCUAAAAAUUUUACUGGAAGAGCGUUGAAAAGCUUGCCAGGGCGAACACGUAUUUGGCUGAGCUACGGCCGGGGUUAAGUUGUAAGCAUGCCCCAAACAAGCGAGAACGAAUCGGGUCAGGAGGGAGUGAUGGGCCUAGAGGAACCAAAGAAAAUGACCCGAGAGGACUGGAGGAAGAAGAAAGAGCUUGAAGAGCAGCGAAAACUGGGAAAUGCCCCUGCUGAAGUUGAUGAGGAGGGAAAAGAUAUCAAUCCUCACAUUCCACAGUACAUUUCAUCUGUUCCUUGGUAUAUCGAUCCAUCCAAGAGACCUACUCUCAAACACCAGAGGCCCCAGGAGGAGAAGCAAAAGUCCUUUUCAGCAAUUGGGGAGUGGUAUAAGAGAGGGGUUCCAGAGGGUUCUGUCAGCACAAAAUACCGAAAGGGAGCUUGUGAGAAUUGUGGUGCCAUGACACAUAAGAGUAAAGGCUGCCUUGAGCGACCGAGAAAGGUUGGGGCCAAGUUUUCAGGAACGGGCAUUGCUCCAGAUGAGCACAGUCAAGUCCAGCUGUCAUUAGAUUAUGAUGGGAAGAGAGAUCGCUGGAACGGCUAUGAUCCAGAUGAUCAUAUGCGCAUUGUGGAAGAGUAUGCUAAAGUUGACUUGGCUAAGCGAACAUUAAAAGCUCAGAAGCUACAGGAGGAGUUGGCCUCUGGAAAACUAAUGGAUCAGGCUAAUUCCCGAAAACAUUUGGGAGAUAAUGAACAUGGAUCUCAGGAGCGAGAUCACAGUGAAGAUGAAGAUGAAGAUAAAUAUGCAGAUGAUAUUGACAUGCCAGGACAGAACUUUGACUCUAAGAGACGGAUUACAGUCAGAAAUCUGAGGAUAAGAGAGGAUAUUGCAAAGUAUUUGAGAAAUCUGGAUCCAAACUCAGCGUACUACGACCCCAAGACUAGAGCCAUGAGAGAGAACCCAUAUUCAAACACUGGCAAGAAUCCAGAGGAGGUGGGCUAUGCCGGAGACAACUUUGUGCGAUAUUCUGGCGAUACUAUUACCAUGGCCCAAACACAGUUGUUUGCCUGGGAAGCUUAUGAAAAAGGCUCAGAGGUCCACUUACAGGCAGACCCCACCAAACUGGAGCUUUUGCACCGCUCUUUCAAGGUCAAGAAGGAAGACUUUAAAGAGAAGCAGAAAGAGAGCAUUCUGGACAAGUAUGGGGGUGAAGAGCAUUUGCAUGCGCCACCUCGAGAGCUGCUGUUAGCUCAGACAGAGGAGUAUGUGGAGUACUCUCGCCAUGGUGCUGUGCUGAAGGGGCAGGAGAAGGCAGUGGCCCGCUCUAAAUAUGAGGAGGAUGUGCUCAUGAACAACCACACAAGUAUUUGGGGCUCCUACUGGAAAGAUGGUAUUUGGGGCUACAAAUGCUGUCACUCACUGGUCAAGCAGAGUUACUGCACUGGAGAAGCUGGAAAGAAAACAGCGAGUAAUUCCUCUUGCCUUUUGUUUGAGGAUGGGCUGAUGGCAAAACAGGAAGAAGAGGAGCCAAAAACUCUAUUAGAGAUGCACCAAGAGAAAAUGAAAGAGAAGAAAAAGAAAAAUAAGAAGCACAAGAAGAAAAACUCUGACAGUAGUGAUGAGGAAAUAGAGGCCAAAAAGAAAGAGAAGCUGAAAAAGGCGUUGAGUGCGGAGGACCAAAGACUGAAGCAGGUGGCCCAGCUGAUGGAGAUGGAUGAAAGGAAACGGCCAUACAACAGCCUGAAGGAGGUCCGGGAACCUACAGAGGAGGAAAUGGAGGCCUUCCGCAUGAAACGCAGCCGCCCUGAUGACCCUAUGGCCUCAUUUCUGGGCCAGUGAACGUGUUCUUAAGUCUAUAAUGUAUUUGUCUGGCCGUCGUGUCUGUAACAAACCCCAGCAAACAGUGUCAGUACCCCCACUUUAUCCACAGUGUAUAUACCCCAGCUUUACCCACAGUGUCUUUACCCCCACUUUAUCCACAUGCCAUUACUGAACAUUUGUGUAGGUUUACGUAUGUACACGGCAACCUAAUACACAUGUCCGCCAUAGCCUGGGGCAGUGAGACAGUGAAAGCACAGCAGAUUACGAUUAGCAAGUUUUAUAUGUUAACAUUUUUAUUCGCUUAUGCUCAGCUAUGGGUAGCUCUCUCUUAAGAGGUAUAAACAGCUUUUGUAACUGCCAUCAUUUUAAACUCAUUGACCCCAGUGCUUUGGUAAUUUGUCAUUAUUUUUUACAUAAUCGAGCGUGGAAAAACUCAAAAUACAAAAAUACAAAG